UGUAACCAGGGCUGCUAUUUCCCAAGAAAUGAAAGUAAAUCCGAACGCCUAAAAAGUGAACCUCGCGCCUACACGUCCGUUUUCACAGACAACAGACUUUUCGGCAGACAUCAUCUCUGACAGUCCGCAGUGCAAACUGGAUGAUGAUGGGCCACGGCAUUUUGUUGUGCGCUGCAUCGGUUUUUCUUGCCUAGGCGAUGAACCGUGUCAACCGAUUCCCAGAGUUUAUCUACCGCCACUGGACUAACCCUGACAUGGCCUCAGCCAGCAGCCUCCUGUGUGAAGAACAACUCCUGUGUUCAAUCUGUCUGGAUGCAUUUACUGAGCCUGUCUCUACUCCAUGUGGACACAACUACUGCAAGGCUUGUAUCACAGGGUACUGGGCCAGCAGUGGCCAGGUCCAGUGUCCCCUCUAUAAGAAGAAGUUCCGCAAAAGACCACAGCUUCAAGUCAAUACAGGAUUCAGAGAUAUGGUGGAGCAUUUCAACAACAUGAGGUUGAGGGGGGACAAUGACAUCCUUGCCAAACCAGGGGAGGUGCCCUGUGACAUCUGCCUUGAGCCGAAGCUCAAGGCCCAGAAGACGUGCCUGGUGUGUUUGGCGUCGUACUGCCAGUCUCACCUGGAGCCACAUCAGAGAGUCAAAAGCCUUAAGAAGCACCAGCUGAUCGACCCUGUGUCAAACCUGGAGGACAGGGUGUGUAAGAUGCACGACAAGAUGUUCGAGCUCUUCUGUCGCGAAGACCAGAUGUGUGUUUGUUUCAUGUGCUUAAAAGACAACCAUGCAACACAUGAAGCCAUUCCACUAGAGCGUGCAUUCAAAGAGAGGAAAGUUGAGCUGGGCUAUGUGAUGUCAGAGAUAAAAAUGAUGGAAAACACUAAAUCCAGGCGUAUUAAGGAAAUCAAAUCGUCAGUUGAACAGAGCAAGAAAGAGUUAGACAAAGAGAUAGCAGACAUUGCUGAGGUUUUCACUGCUCUGGUGGUCUCUCUGCAAAGAAGCCAGGCUGAUCUGAUUAAAGUGAUCCAGGAGAAACAGAAAGCUGCCCAGAAGGAGGCUGAAGACUGCAUGACACAGCUGGAGCAAGAAGUCGCUGAGUCAAGGCAGAGAAGAUCUGAAAUGGAGCAACUUUUACAAACAGAGGACCACCUGCACCUCCUGCAGAGCUGUCCAUCUCUCCUCUUCCCUGCACACACUGAGGACCUAUUCAACCCUCUGUCUUACUCCACCUCUCCACUGACAUCAGACCUCUGUGACAUCAGUCGGCAGAGUUAUGUGGGGAUGGUGAAAAAAGCAGUGGCUCAUAUGGAAAAGAAACUCCGUAAUGAGAUGGAGAUGCUUAUUCAUGAGGUCAGGUUAUCUGAUGGUUGUGAGGCCGAUGAACAGCCUGAUGCAGCUGAGAAAGUGAUGACAGAUGAGUUUGUUAAAGAAGUGUGGACUCCGCCGCAGGACAAGCUGAUGAUGAUCCAGCAGUAUGAUGGGGUAGACAUGACGCUGCACGCCUACACUGCCCAUUCCAAACUUGUGGUGUCUGACGAUGGAAAACAACUGAAAUUUCGUGAAGGCCCACCGCCUCCGCCUACUCUAUUUGUAAGAAGAUUUGUACGUCAACCCUUCGCCUUUGGGAAAGAGGGUUUUUCCUCAGGCAGGUUCUACUAUGAAGUUCGGGUCAGUGGGAGUAAAGGUUGGGUAUUGGGAGUGGUCAAAGAGUCCAUUAACAUGGAGACGUUUUUCUUUCCCACCCUGGGGGAGGGGCGCUGGACAUUUUGUGGAAUCUACAACCAAUUCAACGAUGAAUAUUUUGCUAAUAAUUUUGGCAAAGCUCCCCUGUACCUGAGGCAAAAGCCCGAGACAGUUGGUGUGUUUGUCGAUUACGAGAAGGGAGAGGUCUCCUUCUAUGACGUGGAAGCCAGGACUCUGAUCUACUCUGACACAGGAUGUACCUUCAUGGAGACCCCACCUGCACUAAAAGCCUUUCUCUAUUCUAUGGCUGGUGCAUACUCAAGUAGCAGACCAAGGCUCUACCCAAUUUUUGGCAUCUUGGAAGAUGACUAUGAUUAUGACAACAUGCUCGAAAUCACUCCUGUAUGCCGCACAACUUAAAGAGACCUAUUUACACAUCAGAGACAGUAGUAAUCUUUAGUAUUAGGUUCUCAGUACCUGUACUCUGCACAAUGACAACAAUAAAGUUAAAUCUAAUCUUAUCUAAUCUAAUAGUAGUAGUAUCAUACAUUACAAAAGGACAGUACAUCUUAUAAUACAUAUAUAUUCUAUGAUUUAAUUCUUAGCUUUGUUUUUUAACUGAUCAAAGCAGGUAAGAUCACUUACCUGACAGUUGAUGAUGAGGUUCUUUUUAAGGUAGGGAGAAAAGUAGAAGGUAGAUCAGUCAUAUACUCUAUUAGUAUAGGUUAAGAGCUUAAUCUUUAAUCAUUUUUAUAAUAGAUAGUUUUUUUAAAGGUCCAAUGUGUAGGAAUUUCUCCCAUGUAGCGUUGAGAUCAUAUAUCACAAUCAACUCUCUCGCACCA